UUUUAGGGCUUGAUUUUCCUUUUCUUCAGCGGACAGAUAAGUGGGAGAUGGAGAAUUCUAUCGGCAGAGGCGGAAUCGAAGAGAACAUCUUGGCUAUUCUCGACGCCUCUGAGACUAAAGAGACUCGGGACGCCAACGAUGAUAGUACGUUAGUUAUUUGAUUUGCUCUUUGCUUAUUUAUUCUCUGUUUGGUUUCCGAAAUAACCGCAGCAAAAUAAAAGGGAAGUAAAAGUUUUAGAUUUUACUUUCUUGUCGUUCUGGUUCCCGGAAAUCGGAAGGUCGAACGCAACUGGAACUGCUGAUAAACAGUGUGGGGAUUCUUAUAGGAGAUUCUUAAAUUGGAAUUUGAAUUUCUGAACUUUUCCUACAUUUCAUACAUUUUAUAUCUCAUCAUUAUGUUGAUUGAUGCAUAGGGAUUGCUUUUCUGGAAGCUGUUCGCGCUGCAUCGAUUGUUCCAGAAAGUGGAAUAGCCCCAACUAAGUAAUUGUCUUUGUCUGCCCAUGCGUGUUAGUUAUCAUCGUCAUUUCUUUUCUCAACUGACUAUUUUUAUCAGUUUACUAAUCUAAGAAGCCUUAUAGCACUGACCAUCAUCUCAUCUUCUUUAUGCAAAAUGUGUGCAGCGGUGUUCCGGAUCUUGAGGGUUGGCAAAUCUUUAGAACUGAUUAUGCCAAGUUUCCAGCUUUUGAAUGAAUUAGAUAAGCGUUACCCUCGGCUGUAUUUAUCAAGUUCAGAUAGAUCCAAAUCAUCCUCUAGUGCUCCGCUUGAACUUGUCCUGGUUAAAGAGGCUUGGUCACCAUUUGUUGCUGACUUAGGUACCAGUAGUAGUGAGAAGCAAGUGGCUGACAAAAACUCGGGUGGACCAUUUGAUUCUUCUGGUUUUCAUCUUCUUAUACAAGACCUUGCUGAAGUGGCUCGUGAUGCAAAUUUUAAAACAUUAGACAUGAAGUUCUUGGGGAGCAUGUUGGUGUUCCAGUAUCUUUUGAAUGUUUUAGAAGGAGAUAUGCUACCUCGUAAAAGUGGAGAAACUAUGAACUGGACCCUUCUGAGGGAAUCUUUGCUCAACAUGCUUCUGAUUUCUUUGCAGGGGUCAAGAAAAUCAAACUACAAAGUCUUAGUGAGGGAUUGCUUGACUGUUAUGUGUGGACUGUAUCAACUCCAAUCUACGUUCAGUAAUGAUCCAAUGUAUGUGGAGACUUCUGUGGCAAAGCCAUCUGAUAAUUAUGAUCCUGCUGUGGCAGUUGCUUUUCCUGAAAUAGGAAAUAAUACUUGCAUUGCAAUGCAGAAACUUCUUACCCUGAUUAUGGAGCUUGAUAUGUCGAAGAAGGAAGCCGAUAUGCAAGGUUAUACUACCAGAGCCGAUGGUGUGAGAACCCCACUGGUAGAGGUAAUUCUAGAUGAACUAACUUACAAUGAUGAGAUUCUUUCCCCAUUUCUCCAGGUCUUCAAUGACCCAAAAUGGAAGCUGGAAAUAAUCUUGCAGUAUAUCUGGAAAUACACGCCUAAGCCUCCUGUUCGCACUCGGAGAUCAAAUGGUUCUACGGAUGAUGCAACGUUAAGUGGAGCCUUGAAGUGUUUUUCAAGUACUACAAGUACAAAAAGCAUUGUAAAAAAGAUUGGUAUUGAAGUAAUUCAGUUGCUCUUAGCACAUGCUUUUAAGGCUCAUUUGUUUCUCUCGUCCGGAAAAUGUCCUGCUCUAGGUGACCCAGAUUCCAAGGAAGAUGUGAGAGACAACCCUCUUGUGGAGAUUUGCGAGAAUAUGAUCUCUGCUUUCAAUAGUUUGAGAAGAAUAGACGAGAACAUGGAGGUUUUGUCAUUUGGAAAAGAAGCACUGUUUACAGCGGCAACCAUUCUCUCCACAAAGUCAUAGGAGCCUGGAACAUUUGACUCCUGAGGGAUGACGUUCUGCGGACAACCUGACUUAUCAGCAAGCAUACUUUCAUGGGGCCUCCCGCUUUCAUUACAUUGCCCAUUUUGUUAAAAAACACAAGUUCAAGAAGUUCUCCCAUUCUUUUUACUGUUUUCUUCUUCCUCCCCGUACAUAUUUUUGGUCCGUCAUGCUUACUUGCUAACUUGUGUUUUUUAAUCCCCGUGUAUCUAUUCCAAAACAUAUACUCUUAUUUUUGGCAUCAAUUUCAUCAAUCAUCACACAAAUAAAA